CGGCCUGCUUCAGUAACUUCGAUACCUUCGAGCGAGUGAGUCACGUCCGAUCUCGAACCCGUCCGCCUAUCGAGACGCGCCAAAAUAUUUCUAUCCACGAUUAUUUCGUGUUAAUUUUCGUCGAUAUUCUAUCGUGUCGUUAAUAAUGUCGUGAUUCGUUUGUCCACGAUGAGAAGAAGACAGAUUGGCUUAUUGCGUUUUACAUAAUGUAAUAAACGUAUACUGGAAUGGUGUAUAACCUGUUUGUAAACACGACAGACGCGUGACCCAACGACUUAAAAUUCUCGUAUAUUCUACGCCGAACAUAAAAUUGAAUAUUCGUCGCGAAGAGUGAGUGAAUUUCGACGCAAUUAUAUACGAUACGCAAUUAUUAUAUUUGCGAAAUUUCGACGAUAGUGGCGUCUGUGGCGUCUGUCCAAACAUCGACAAUCGAACUUUCAAAUCGAUCGCUGAUUGGUUAUAUCGAACGAGCGAUUUUUCCAUGUAGUGUCGUUCGUCUGAUUUUAUUCUUCGGUCGCAUUCGUUCGUUCCAUUGUUUCCAAAGCUGUUUUGUGCGUUCCAAAGCUUCCACUAUGAAGGUGAUUUACUUCUUCACGAUUCUCUGGACGCUAGCUGUUUCUACGUUCUGCGAACCAGUGAACGAACCUCCGAAAUUGACGAUUCUAAAGUGUUGUCGACACAUGGAGGAGUUGGAGAAAGAAUUGGACAAUGACAUGGACGCCAAGUCUCGUUGCGUACCGACUCAGUUCGAUUGGAAACCUGUCAUCUAUUCGCCUUCCAAACAAAAGAUGUUGGCUACUCCGCCAGAAGAAUGGAAUAUCGUCGAAGGAAAGAAGCCAGAUUGCAAAGACAAUUCGGUGUUAACCUAUGUGCCGUACAGACACACGAAUCCAUUCGUGAUCAUGGACGAUGGUCGCGUGCUUCCCGACAUACACGUGAACGACACAUUCGAACCUAACGAAUACUGCGCCGAUUCUAAUGCCUUGCUUGUGUGUAUGAAAAAUAAAAUGAACGGCAGUCAUGCGGCUAAUACGAUGAGGCCACGAGUUAGACAAUGCUGUGGAGAAAAUGCGGCUUUCUACGAAGAAAUACAUUCGUGCGCCCAUCUGAAGGAAGCGGCGAACCCAACACCAUUACUGCCGAAUGCGUCCGCCUCUGUUGACAUAGUGCCAGGUUUCCCAACGUGUCCUCGUUCCGACAAUUUUACGAUUUUGGGAGAUGCGAAGGAUGCCGUGUUAUUGCCGGAUGGAGGCCUGAAAAUCGACGGAGUCACCUUACCCAGUGGCAAGUUCUGCGUCGAGAGGAUCAAGGAACUGAAUCACGUGUCCAAGGUCUUCGCUUGCUCCGAGAACGCAUCGCAAAGGCCUAUAAUGCAAGCGGCCGACAUCAGGUUCACCUUGUACCCCGUGGGCUUCAUCAUUAGCGUGGUCUUCCUGGCAGCCACGUUGGCCGCCGGUUGGCUGCUGCCAGCCUCUCAUCAUGUUCUGCAUUGGCGCUGCCAGACCCAUCAUGUCACCUGCCUGAUGCUCGGUGAUCUUCUCAUGGCCAUCAUUCAACUCGCCGGAGACUCCCUUCACGGUGUAAGCUGUAAAGCGCUCGCAAUCAUGGCUCACUUCUUCUUCCUCGCCGCGUUCUUCUGGUUGAACACGAUGUGCUUCAACAUCUGGUGGACGUUCAGGGAUCUGAGACCGGCGAGCUUGGAGAAAGGCCAAGAGACCCUCCGACUACGAGUGUACGCCUGCUACGCGUGGGGUGGCCCCCUUCUGGUCGCCGGUUUGGCCGCCCUUCUCGAUCAUCUUCCGCCCCAACCUCAGUACACGUUCCUCAGGCCCCGUUUCGGCGUGAAACAAUGCUGGUUCUAUGAUGACAUGGCGAUCUUGGCAUACUUCUUCGGCCCCAUCGGCUUCUUGCUCGCUGUCAAUCUUCUGUUUUUCGCAGCAACCGCCCGCGAGCUAACGUGCGGUCUAUGGAAAGGCGAAUUCGUGAAAAGCACCACGGAACGAGCCGCAUUAGGCCGCGUGUGCAUGAAGCUGGUGGUCGUGAUGGGCGUCACCUGGGUGGCCGACGUCGUCUCGUGGGCGGUCGGUGGCCCUCAAUACAUCUGGUACUUCACCGACAUGAUAAACGCGUUCCAGGGAGUGCUAAUCUUCGCGGUGGUUGGCUGCCAGCCCCAGGUCCGCGCCGCGUUGAAGAGGAUCUGCAACAGGAACCCGAGGACGAACGCCGGAAGGCAGGGAAACGGGCUGAGCACUACCAGUCACGGGAUGCCCAGCAUGGGCGACAGCGUCAUUCAGAAUCCGAGCACGAAGACCGCCCCGCUGGAGACCAUCUGCUAAGCGACUCCCUCCGACCGGUGGCAGCGUUCACCUCCGCUUCGGAGAUGGCCGCACCAUCGUUUAGUCGACGAGCGCGGAAUUCGGUGGACAGGAAGCGGCGCCUGCUCGAGACGCCUUGCGAGGGGGAAGUUUGGAUCCCUCGAAACACGUUAAACAGACGCGGAAGUUGAUUGAGCGGAAGAACAUUGUAUACGAAGCGAUCAGCGCGCGAAACGUCCCAUUGAUAGAUCGGUACCAAGAAGCAGGGAGGAUUAAUCUAUCAGAUUCGGAAUUAAACCCGUCGUAAAACAGAGGAGGAUAGUCCUCGAUUGAUUUAUUCCGAGUAUCGGUCAAAAGAAAACGCUGGUUUCCUCUUCUCUCUAAAUAAUUUCCAAUAACGUUAACAUGUAACGCGUUACAGAUAUAUUGAGAAAAGAGGGAAAAAAUAUUGUCGAAAGAAGUGAAAAGCAGUGUUGAUCGAUAACGCGUAUUCCCUCCUCAAAGUCACUUCGAAAGGGGACAGAAGUUGAUGUUAAAGGUUCGACGACCUCGAGGCCUUGAACUUGAAAAAACAGCCGGACUUCCUCGACCGCUUCUCGACACGACGACACCCGUUCCACGAGGAUUGUCUGGCCGCGAAGUAGGCUUCCUCCAUUCGCGUUCUUAAACUUCUUCUCUUCUCUCCUUCUCUCUUUCCUCUUCGAGGUCGUCAACCUCGGCGAUACACGAUCGCGAAGAAGCACGCGUGUGACGCCGGCCGUGGUGGUCGGUCGGCCGCGCGUUGCGCGUCCCCCGUGGGCCAGGUGGAAAGCGGCCAUAACGCGCGACCACCGUCACUUUGAAUAGUUCAUUGUCGCGACGGGGAGCAGCACAAUGGAGAGCGGAGGAAACAACGCGACAAAUAUUCAUAGAGAAGACCCGUCCCGGUUCGAGUUACCUCUCGAGGGAGAACCGCGUUCCUCGCUACUUACGCCCCCACCUUUCGCUCGCGUCAGAUCGUCUGCCUAGAUGUCGUCGCGAUUUGCACUUUGAAUCCAUCUUCUUUCGUCGAUUUCGUCUUCUUGUUCCAAUCAAGUGAAUCUGACGCGAGAGUCCGUUGUCCGAACGAUAAUUGUACAACUUUCAUAUUUGUCACAUCAUUCGAUUAGAAACGUUGGUCGCGAUAUUAAUAUUCGUUCAAUUUUUUUCUUUUUUAUUAUUGAUGUGUACGUAACGUCUCCUUGUUUUUUCGAUUGAAAAAGAAUCGAGUUACAGAAUCGUUCACGCCAUUGAUAAAAUCGGCCAAUAUUCGUUUUUAAUCGAGAAAAAGAAAGAAAGAGGAUGGGAAAAGGAGGCUGCAAACUGAAUUGCGAAAAACGAGAACGAUUUAUCAUAGAUUACACAAUGAUUUAUCAUAUGUGUACGAUCAAGUGCCGAUUAUACGCGCAGAUGAGCCGAGUUAACGAGAUGAUGUGCGGCCGAUACGAGACGCCCUGUUUCGAUAUUAAUAAGUGGCGCCAGCCAAGUGCAACGAGAUCGACCGCGAUUACGGUCGAAUUUUUGUUCCCCUCGCGACAAUAAGGGAUCAUCGAUAUUAAUAUAGCUCAUCGAUCGAAAGGAGUCGGUUCGCUUCGCUUUGGUUUUACGCGACGCGACUCGGUGCAUUUCUGCAGAGGACGUGACGUCGAUGAUUUUGGAAAAAUUCAACAAUGAUCAACAGUCGUGAGAAAAUUGAAAAUUUUGAGCGAACGAGGUCGAUCGUGAAAUUGAACGUGGAUGGCCUUGACCCGUGUUUGCAACCACGGUGCGUGGAGAAAGGACGAACGAUGAAUUCCGUACUUUCUUCUAAGGCUCGCCCCCGCUUCGUUAUUCAUCGAGCGUGCCUGGAGCCACGAGCGAUCGCUCUUCAAUUUCCUUUAGCAUAAAUUUGCAUUGGCAUCGCGGCCCGUUACCAUCGCAGCCUCGCCAUUUAAUUCGCGUUGAAUUCGAAGUCUUAUGAAACGUCGUUCAUUUCGGUCGCACGUCAGUUUCUUCGAUUAAACUCUUCCGAUUGUUUCCUUUCUUUCUUUUUUUUUGUAUCCAAAAAUCAUUCAGAGAUUUACUCUCGUCGACUGUUUGUAUCCUCCUUUUAUAUCCUCACAUUUAUCUCGACGACGGACUACGAAAGGAACUCGAAGGAAAGUAUUCUCACUGCCACAGAAUUCAAUAUUUCAACGAGAAGAACUCGAAGCAACGGAUUGUUUUUCAAAUCGAGUUGCGGAAAAAUUUUGAUAAACGUUUACAAAAUAAAACUCGUCGAUUGUAAGCACGACGAACAUGUUGGUUCGUUCUGCUUGAAACAGAAACGAUAUAUAUUCUUUUUUUAUACUUUGAUACCGCAUGGACAUGAUUUUAUAUAGAUGAUACUUAAUACGGGGAUUAUCGAUUGAAUUUGAAUGAUCAAUGCCAAUGAGCAUUUCUUUCUUUCUUUUUUUUUUUUUUUAAGUACGGAUUAGUCACGCUUUCACGAAGUCAAAACGUAGGUAGGUCAGGGCAUAAUGGACGACAACUCGUGACAAUACACAUUAGGAAUUCAAUGCCUUCUGAAAUGCCUUCCAAACAUGGUGUUCAACGUGCCGAAUUGUAUACAAUGGAGAAACAAGCGGAGACCGUAUCCUUCUCUCGGUUCUCCUCCUCUCAUCGCGUGUACGACGCGAGAUUGCUAUUUCUCCACGCGAUUUCCGGCGUAACUUCCGAUGACAUUCCUCCACAGAUUCAUUCAACUUGUGAUCACGAAUUAAUUAAUUACGCCUGCUAUUCUAUGCGCGAGGCAUCGAUUCAUAAUACGAUAGAACUUGAUUUAUACGAAUUCAUAUAUGACAAUAUGUCUGUCCAUUAUUUAUAUUAUUUUUAAGUUUUUUAGUAUUCGAAUAUCUAGAGUUUAAGCGUUCACUCAAUUGUAGCUUAUUUCUUCGAAUUAUACAGUAGUUGUACUAUAGUCCGUUUUAUUUUAUAAUCUACGUAUAAUCUUCUUCUUUUAAUCUUUUCCUUUAAGAACAUCGAUUAUAUUCUUUAUUAUUCUCGAAAAGCAAUACGAAUGUCAUGGGAAAUCGCCGGGUGCGAUAGAACGCACCGUAUAAAAACCGUCUCACGUAGAGUUAGGUACCUCGCACUCGCUCGAGUUUGCUAUUCUUUAGACCACACGUUCGCGUAGUUUCUCGACACGUGAACGAGAGUAGAGUAAUCAUCGUCAUUGUUUCUUCAGGUGCAUUCAAGAGACUGAGCCAUGUACCCUUCGCUCACGUUAAAAUCGAAACUAUCCGAACUCUCCUCGAAGAUACUCGACAGUGUUUUCCAAAUACGAACUUCCUUCUAACUUCCUACGAAUCGGUAUCAAAUCUUACAUAUAUAUAAAACAUUUCUGACUUCGUUUUUCGAUAACAACACCUUUCGAUAAAUAAAUAAAAUACAAAUCUUUUCUCGUGUUUUGCGAUCAAACAGUGUACGAUGGAUCUUCAAAUAGGACGGAUAGUUUCUCUAAAAUCAUAUUAGUUCCUUUUUUCCUCUCGUUGUGUGGAUGAUGACAAGUGGAACGCCGGAAGUUGUCGAAGUUUCGAAGAACUUUUCUUUUUUUUUGAACAAUGGAGAAAUGGGAGACGAUACCUCGCCAACAUUCGCGUCCACGUAGCGUGCGUGUCGUGCAUGCGUGCACAUAUCGGAUAAUUGCGUGUCAAUGCGAGCGUGUGAACGGCACAGUGUAAUUAGCGAGCAUUAACGAGCAUUAACUUCGUUAUAAAUCCCUUGCUGUGUAUAAUCGGUGGCGGACGAACGGUGGCGUAACGAGCCGGCGACAAUUGUAAAAUUUCCAUUCUGUCCAAUAAUGUAAUCGGGAGCAAAGCAAGAGAACGAACUAGGCCGCCGUGUUGUUCCGCGUUAUUAUAUCUGGAUCGAUUCGAACGUUCAAAGAUCAAUUGCAUAGAUCAAUUCUCGGCCAAUCGGCCAACUUGCUCGCCGCCGAUCGAAUGCUCCGUUACGCUGUUGCCUUUCGGCUGUUUGCCUGCCCCAUCUUGCAUCUCCUCCUCGUGUAGAUAACAUUUCUCCCGUUCAUUCGUUACGUUAAAAAUGUAAUUUUAUCGUUAAGUUAAGCACGGUAGCUACGUGUAUAAGUUAUUAUUCGUGUCCGUCGCGCAAGAACCGAUUCGAAAGAAAAAAAAAAAAUAUACGCGAACAAUUAUUAUGAAAAAUCGUAAGCCACGAUCGUAAGACGGAUUUCGAUGUACAUUAAUUCAACAUUCAACGUAUGAUAUAUUCGAUGAUAGUUCGUUACGUAGUUAACAUAAUAUACGAGAUAAGAGGAACAACGUAGCCUUAAAAAUUAAUUUAUUCGGAGUAGUCAUUGUUGGCGUAUGAACAAUAAGAGGAACGUAUAAUAUAUAUAUAUAGUAUACACGUAUACAUAAGUACACGUAAAAACGUAUAUAUAUGUAUAUAUAUACGGUAUACGGUAGCUUGCCAGUAUAGAGAGAAGUAGAAUUAAGAAGAGAAUACGUGAAUCACGACGAGGGCACGAAAUGGAGAACGUCGAAAAGAGAUAACGAGCGUGGCGAUCGUUACGGGAGAAAAUCCUCACGAUCAAGUGGAGAGACGCUUAUUGAGGACCGCGUGCCUUCGCGUAAUUUACGUGCGCGCAUUCGCAGCGCGGAAAAUCCAAUGUUGAAUUUAACAUCGAGGACGUUCCAAGUCGCGGUGAAACGCAUUCGGUAUGCGCGAUCGUGACCGGUUGAAUAUAUUGGAAAGUCUUUGAAAUUUUUUUUUUUUUUAUCGAAAAGAAAGAUGUUGGAAUUGAAGAAAAGAAAACGCGUCGUUGAUUAUAUAUAAAUAUAUAUAUAUAUAUAUAUAUAUAUAUAUAUAUAUCUCCUUGAUUCGAUAUACUCGACUCGAUAUUGGAUUCUUGGCGAGGCGAAUGAAAUUUCGUAAAUUUGGCCAAAAUAGUUCGUCACUUUUUGUAUAUUUUUUACCGCGUAUGUAGAGGGAGGCAGCGAAAAGAAUCGUUUUUAUCGUGGAAACUGUUACAUCGGGUGGAAAAGGAUUGAUUCUUCGGAGGCUAUAUUAUUGAGAGAGACAAUAGUAUUAACUCGUCGAGAGUGUUAGAGGCGAGUUUGUGGCGAGCUCGUCUCUUGGCUCGAUUAGAGAACCGUGUGAGAGAGAACAGCCGGAUUACCAUGGUAGAGAAAUUUAUGAUUACAACGACCCUGUACUACGGCCAAUCGUACACCAUUCCUGUACAAUGUAUCGUAACAGUAUUUACUAUCGCACUAAUGGUAAUAAAUGAUAACUGUUAGUACA